UUUGAUAUUUCUUGAGAGAACCAUUCGCACUUGGAAACCCAUGUUGGCUGUCCAGAAUAUGAAAGUUGGCGUCUUCCUUUUGUGGUGGGGAUGGGUUUGGGCCACUGAAAGCAGAAUGCACUGGCGAGGAAGAGAAGUACAAGAGACGUCUAAGAAAGGCAGCCCAAUUCUGAAGCGAAGCCCUGAUAUCACCAAAUCGCCACUGACCAAGUCAGAGCAGCUUCUGAGGAUAGACGACCAUGAUUUCAGCAUGAGGCCCGGCUUCGGAGGUCCGGCCAUUCCUGUCGGUGUGGAUGUACAGGUGGAGAGCUUGGACAGUAUCUCAGAGGUCGACAUGGACUUCACGAUGACCCUUUACCUGAGGCACUACUGGAAGGACGAGAGGCUGUCCUUCCCGAGCACCAACAACCUCAGCAUGACGUUUGACGGCCGGCUAGUGAAGAAGAUCUGGGUCCCUGACAUGUUUUUCGUGCACUCCAAGCGCUCCUUCAUCCACGACACCACCACGGACAACGUCAUGCUGCGGGUCCAGCCUGACGGGAAGGUGCUCUACAGCCUCCGGGUUACAGUGACUGCAAUGUGCAACAUGGACUUCAGCCGAUUUCCCCUGGACACACAAACGUGCUCCCUUGAAAUUGAAAGCUAUGCCUACACGGAGGACGAUCUCAUGCUGUACUGGAAAAAAGGCAACGACUCCUUAAAGACAGAUGAACGGAUCUCGCUCUCCCAGUUCCUCAUUCAAGAAUUCCACACCACCACUAAACUGGCUUUCUACAGCAGCACAGGCUGGUACAACCGUCUGUACAUUAACUUCACGUUGCGACGCCACAUCUUCUUUUUCUUGCUCCAAACUUACUUUCCUGCCACCUUAAUGGUCAUGCUGUCCUGGGUGUCCUUCUGGAUCGACCGCAGAGCUGUGCCCGCCAGAGUCCCUUUGGGUAUCACUACCGUGCUGACCAUGUCCACCAUCAUCACGGGCGUGAACGCCUCCAUGCCCCGCGUCUCCUACAUCAAGGCGGUGGACAUCUACCUCUGGGUCAGCUUCGUGUUCGUGUUCCUGUCGGUGCUGGAGUACGCAGCCGUCAACUACCUGACCACCGUGCAGGAGCGCAAGGAGCGGAAGCUGCGCGAGAAGCUUCCUUGCACCUGUGGAAUACCCCAGCCACGCGGGGUCAUGCUGGAUGGCAGCUACAGCGACGGGGAGGUUAAUGACCUGGGCAACUACGUACCGGAGAAUGGAGAGAAGCCAGACAAGAUGAUGGUGCAGCUGACCUUGGCCUCGGAGAGGAGCUCCCCCCAGAGGAAAAGCCAGAGGAGCAGCUAUGUGAGCAUGAGGAUCGACACCCAUGCCAUUGAUAAAUACUCCAGGAUAAUUUUUCCAGCGGCAUAUAUUUUAUUCAAUUUAAUAUACUGGUCUAUUUUCUCAUAAAUGUCUGUUAACUCUAUAAAUUUCACAUUCUUCUGUAUGUACCACAGAAAUACCUGUAUGAUAAAAGUAAUUUAAGGUUAUGACGCAAUUAAAGUUCCCACUACCCACCCUUCACCAGCUUUCUAAAACUACAUGGACAAGUCACCCCCUGGUUUAAUUUGCACUUGGUAACCACCUAUUGUAUCCACAGCAUUAUACUCGGUGCUGCCAGGAAUAGGACACCUGUAGCAACUGGUGAUACUUGUUACCAGGAUCCCCUGGAAGAGCACACCGCCUGCGUGGUGGACACCCUGUAGCUCAACCUCUUUUAGACCCUAGGUGCUUAUUCACAUGAAUGAUGCCCUCCAUGUGCAUGUCAUUAUAUUCUCCAGACUAGAUGGAAUUGGGAAGCACCUAAAACUCGCAUGGAACGUACAUGCACCUAAAU